GCAGGCGUGACGCCCGCGUGUCGUCACUGGAGCGCCCCAGCGGAAGCGGGGAGUGCGUGUUGUGAGGGUCUUCACCAUGGUUCCUGGCGUGCCGCUCCCCCCGGAGAUCCAGCUGGCGCAGCGCUUGGCGGGCAAUGAGCAGGUGACGCGGGACCGCGCGGUGCGGAAGCUGCGGAAGUACAUCGUGGCCAGGACGCAGCGGGCCUCAGGUGGCUUUACUCCAGAUGAGCUCCUGAAGGUGUGGAAAGGACUGUUUUACUGCAUGUGGAUGCAGGACAAGCCGCUCCAGCAGGAAGAACUAGGAAGGACCAUUUCCCAGCUCAUCCAUGCUUUUCAGACCACAGAGGCACAGCACCUGUUCCUGCGGGCGUUCUGGCAGACCAUGAUCCGAGAGUGGGUGGGCAUCGACAGACUGCGCCUGGACAAGUUUUACAUGCUCAUGAGGAUGGUCCUGAGCGAGUCACUGAAGGCUGUGAAAACCCAAGGAUGGGAAGAAAGACAGAUUGAGCAGUUGCUGGAGCUGCUAACCACCGAGAUACUGAACCCUGACAGCCAGGCCCCCAAUGGGGUGAAGAGCCACUUCCUAGAGAUCUUCCUGGAGGAGCUGACCAAAGUGGGCGCUGCAGAGCUCACUGCAGACCAGAAUCUGCAGUUCAUCGACCCCUUCUGUCGGAUAGCAGCCCACACUAAGGACUCCUUAGUUUUGAAUAAGAUCACUCGGAGCAUCUUGGAGACGAUUGUGGAGCAGGCUCCCUUGGCCAUUGAAGACCUGAUGAAUGAACUGGACGCACAGUCUGGGGAAGGUGAAGUGUCAGGUGAUGAUGCCGAGUCAUCAGAGGGUGAGCAGGAGCUGCAGGACACACCGCCCAGGAAGCUGCCUGCGGGCUCCGUACAUAGGGCUGACCCUGAGGCAGUCAAGGAGCAGGCAUGGGAUGACGAGGAAAACACUGGCCCUGUACUCCAGUUUGACUAUGAGGCAGUUGCUAACAGACUGUUCCAGCUCGCCAGUAGACAGAGCACCCCUUCUCAGAACAGGAAGCGCCUAUACAAAGUGAUUCAAAAGUUGCGGGAUCUGGCUGGAGGCAUUUUCCCCGAAAAUGAAAUCUCUGAAAAAGCCUGCAAGAAGCUGCUAGAAGGGAGGCGGGAGAGGAAGAAGAAAAAGAAACGUUUGCCCAGAUUGGAGCCACAGAAUGAUAAAGCAGGAAGCGAGACAGAAGCCUCAAGUGCGGAUCCUAGCCCGGGGAUAAAGAGGAAGAGAAGUGGGAGGAUGGAUGAGAAGGCUGGCCGAAGAGGGCCUCCUGGGAAGAGGAGGAAGCCUAAUGCUAGAGCAAAGGGGGCUGGCGUCCAGCAACUAAAGCAGAAGAGGAAACGGGCAUUGCCGAGUGAGAAGUAAGGUGCACAGCCCAAGCCGGCCAGCCUUCUUACUGCACCUGG